GUCUAUCCAACAAUGAUGAUACGCUGAAGCAGACAAGCGAUGAAAAUACUUCAAAAGUUUGUUUCAGUUCCUACAGUGUAAUACUUGGCCCAUUUUUAUUUCCAUUAGCUAUUGAAUACAGUUUAAUUGCAGGAUCAUUCUUUUAUAAAAUGUUACAACGUGUCGAUGGAAAUUUCCCUAAAACAUCCUGUCAGAUCAAUGAACGUCUUGGACAGAAUUCUCCAAGUCUGCUGAGUUCAUCACCACCAUCAACAGCUAAUAGUAUAAGUAAAAGUAUGUUUGGAAAAUUCAAUAGUCCAAUAUUAUUUCCAGAUGUUGAUGAUGAAGAAGUCACCUUAGAUGAAUAUUUUCAUCGACAAUGCAGUAAACAUAUGACAUAUAAACCAGUAAUGGGAUAUAAAAUCUAUCUGCCAAUUCUGCAAAGAAAUAAACUACCAAUAUUAAAUCAAGAUGCUGAAGAACCUUCAGAUGAUAAUCCCUCUCCAACAACAGACGACAAUAAAAAAAUAUCUACUGAUCAAAAAUCCUUGAAAUUAUACUCUGGUCAUCAAUGUCAUCGAUCACAUUCUGGAUUAUUUCUCGGCAUUAUGCUGCUAAUAGCCAGUAGUGUAUGCAUGGUGUUAUUCAUGGUCCAUGGAAGUAAAGGUUCAAUAGAAUUCGCUUCAUUUAUCUAUCAACAGUCAAAAAUCGCCUUAUCAUUCACUAGCCUACUAGCCUGUAUUAUGGCUAUACUACAGACCAACAAAUUGAAAUUUCGACGAUUAGGUCAUGGUGAAAGUUUUGAGUAUAAUCUGCUGACAAUUGGUUUAAUCGGUUGUAUUACUUAUCAUAUCUUUUUAUUUAUACCAGCCUUUGAGACUGUUCUACACAUUCUUUUAUUUAAAUCUAUUGAUUUAGAAGAUCAUGUAGAUAUUGAAAAGGUUCAUGAUAAGACUAUUGAUCAAAAUUUAAAUGCAACAAAUAAUCAAACAAGAAUUGUUCAAAUAACACCUAGUGAUAUAUACUAUAUAGCAUUAUUAUACACAGCAAAGUGUACAUUAGAAAUAUUUCAAGCCUUAUUACAAUUCUUUUUUAUUGUUGAAUCAUCAAGACGUAAAGUGUGUUGUUUAAAUCAGGCAUUAAUAAAACCUGGUCGUUCAGUAAUUGUAUUCUUGUUAAUAUGUAAUUUAGCACUAUGGCUUGUGAAUACAUUUGAAGUAAGAAGAGCUGAAACACAAUUAUCCUUGUAUAUAAAAUAUUUCGGUGUACGUACAUGGUCUGUUAUUACCUACUGUUUUAUUCCAUUGAUUAUCUUUUUUCGUUUUCAUUCUACUGUAUGCUUAGCUGAAUUAUGGACAAAAUUAUAUAAAUUAACAUGAAUGUAUUGAAUAUUGAAUAUUGAGUUUGUUUUAAUGCAUAAAUAAUAUUUGUGUGUUUAAUAGUGCUUAAUUUAAACAUAAUACAAAUCAAU